UGAAACUCCCAAAUCCUCCAUAUCCCAGCAUGCAUUGCGGUUAUUUCCAAUGACUUUUGAACCCUGGAUAAAAACAAGCCGAUCAGCUGAUGGACAAAAAAAAAAAAAAGCAACAACAUCGACAGGGGUCCGUCUGCCCGACACGGAACAGCUCAGCUAGCUAACUUUCUCCACAACGUCAUCUUUAUGUGGCAGCCGGCGGGCGUUUGACGGUGUACGUGUCCAGCUUUAGAGCGCGUUGAGCCGGCAGUUCAGUUUAGUUUCAGCCGACGUCCGUCGGGCUCUCCCAGCGCGAGCUCAGUCAGUCAGGUUGUGUGUUUGUUUGUUUUGUUUCUUCAACAGUGUCAAGUGUGUCUCUUCGUGUCAGUGAUAAGAUAAAACUAUAUUUAUCGCAGUUUUUUUUUUUAAACGUAUAUUCAUUUUUUUGGUAUAAAUUAUAACCAGCGUAUUGGGCUGCUUUUAAAUAAAUAGCAGCUUUUGCAUCGGCAGCUGCACCAUAACCAAAACAAGCCAAGGAAAGAGAGAGAGAGAGAGAGAGAGAGAGAGAGAUGCUGAUGUAAUAGCGAGCAAACUGUUGUGCCAAAACAUUCAGUGGUUACACGCGUGGACAAGUGUGUCUGUCAGUUACAGAAAGCAGCAAUAAGGUCCCCAGUUGAGCAUUCAAGUACUUUUUUGACAGUUUUAUUUAGCUUCUUUUGUGUGUGUGUGUGUGUGUGUGAGGAGAAUUUGAACAACAACAAGGUUAACGUUGCAUCACUUCUAGUCAAAGACAUUUUUCCUCAUCCGCGCCCUAUAUUUAUCUUCUGCCGCAUCGCUGUUGCAAUCCAAGUCACUCUUCGGUGUCAAGACCCCGAGAUGAGUGGUCCCGGUCCGGCUGCAGAUAAAGGGACCGACGCGGUCCUGGGCUGUCAGGAGAACUACGCCUGCGGGGGUUCCGACGAGGCCGCGUUUGAAUGCGACGAAUGCGGCAGCUUGCAGUGCGCCCGCUGCGAGCUGGAGCUCCAUCGCCAGGAGCGGAUGAGGAACCACGACCGGGUCCGGAUCGCGCCGGGCCACGUCCCGUUCUGUGACUCGUGCAAAGGCGGCGACAGCAGCUGCCCCGUCAACGGCGGGCGGCUCAGGGCGCUGGUGCGCUGCCAAGGUUGCAAGAUCAACCUGUGCUUGGACUGCCAGAAACGCACCCACAGCGGGGUCAACAAGAGGAAGCACCCUCUGACCCCGUACCCGCCAGCCAAAGCCCCCCAGGGCGACAACGCCGGUCAGUCACAGAUGGAGAUCCUGAAAGCGGAGCUGGAGAAGGUGUGCAGCUUCCUUCUGGUGGACGAGAGGGAGGAGAUGCAGGUGAAGGAUGAGGAGGACUUUGUGGGCAGACUGGGCUGCAGGUCAGACGAGCUCCUCAAAGUGGUCUCCAUCUUUGGGAACACCGGGGAGGGCAAGUCCCACAGCCUGAACCACGUUUUCCUUGGACGAGAAGUGUUCAAGACCUCACCCACCCAAGAGUCCUGCACCGUGGGUGUGUGGGCGGCCAUGGACCCUGUGCACCGGGUGGUGGUCAUUGACACGGAGGGACUGCUUGGGGCUGGAGCAAACCAGGGUCAGCGAACACGCCUGCUCCUCAAGGUCCUGGCUAUCUGUGACGUGGUGAUCUACCGAACCCACGCCGACCGUCUCCACGACGACCUCUUCAAGUUCCUCGGCGACGCGUCCGACGCCUACCUGAAACAUUUCACCAGGGAGCUAAAAGCGACGACCACCCGCUGCGGUCUAGACGUCCCGUUGUCCACUCUGGGCCCUGCCGUGAUCAUCUUCCACGAGACCGUGCACACCAAGCUACUCGGAACCGACAAACCGUCCGAAUCGGCAGAGCGUCUUCUCCAGGAGCGUUUCAGGAAGCUGGGUCUGUUUCCAGAAGCCUUCAGCUCCAUCCAUUACCGCGGAACUCGCACCUACAACCCUCCGACGGACUUCAGCGGUCUGCUGCGCAGCCUGGAGCAGCAGCUGGACAACAACACCACCCGAUCGCCGCGCUCCGCAAGCGUCAUCUACAAGGCUCUGCAGGCCCUGAGCGAGCGCUUCAGCGGGGAGAUUUCCGAUGAGCACAUGGCGGGCAACUCAUUCUUUCCCGAUGAGUACUUCACCUGCUCCAGCCUCUGCCUCAGCUGUGGUUCAGGCUGUAAGAGAAGCAUGAAUCACCUAAAGGAAGGACUCGACCACGAAGCCAAGCAGCGCUGCCGCUACUCCGCACAGUACGACAACCGCAUCUACACUUGCAAGGCCUGCUAUGAGGGAGGGAAGGAGGUCAUCGUGGUCCCCAAAACGACAGCCUCGUCUGACUCGCCGUGGUUUGGCUUGGCCAUCUACGCCUGGUCCGGGUACGUAAUCGAGUGCCCCAACUGUGCAGUGAUCUACAGAAGCAGGCAGUACUGGUACGGAAACCAGGACCCGGUGGAAACAGUGGUCAGAACAGAGAUCCAGCACAUCUGGCCCGGGUCCGACGGCUUUUUGAAAGACAACAACAACGCGGCCCAGAGGUUGCUGGACGGAGUGAAAUACAUUUCUCAGUCGGUGUCUGAACUCAGCGUCAAGCCUGCCAAAGCAGUCACUUCCUGGCUCACCGACCAGAUCGCGCCGACCUACUGGAAGCCCAACUCCCUCAUCCUGAAAUGCCAAAAAUGUGGGGAAGAGUUCCAACCCAACGACACCAAGCACCACUGUCGGGCCUGUGGAGAGGGCUUCUGCGAGUCCUGCUCCUCAAAAACCCGGCCGGUCCCAGAGAGGGGCUGGGGGCUCGCACCGGUCCGAGUCUGCGACGCGUGCUUCCACAACAGGGGAAUCCCGACCGAGCUGCUGGACGCGGCCUUGGAGGAGGAGGCAGGCACCCUGAUAGCCAGGAAGGUCGGGGAGGUGGUCCAGAACACUCUAGGGGCCGUAGUCGGUGCCAUCGACAUCCCUCUCGGCCUGGUGAAGGACGCCGCUCGGCCGGCCUACUGGGUCCCGGAUCAGGACAUCCACUCCUGCAGCGAGUGCCAGAGGGAGUUCUCCCCGCGCCUCUCCAUCCACCACUGCCGCGCCUGUGGCCAGGGAGUGUGCGACGAAUGCUCCCAGGAGCGCCGCGCCGUGCCCUCCCGCGGGUGGGACCACCCGGUGAGGGUCUGCAACGGCUGCCACCAGAAACCCGGGGAGCUCUAGCAGGACCGGGA